AUGCUUGGUGUACCUAUCCGAGCGCGUUCCUUGGUCGACCAGGCGCGCGCCAAGGCAGUGGAUGACGUCGAGCUUUUCAGCGCCCAGCUGCUGGCGGAGCGCAAGGACCGGGCGCGGCUGCAGCAGCGGGUCGUGGCGCUGGAGUCCGACCUGGUGGCUGCGGCGGCCCGGGUCGCGGAGCUUGAGUCCCAGGUAGCUGCCUCCCAGAAGCACCUGCAGCAGCUGCAGCAGCAGCAGCCACAGCAGCAGCAGGCGGCCGAGGCAGCCGCGGCCCCGCAGCAGCAGGAGCAGCAGCAAGCGCAGCAGGCCGCUCCGCCGGCGCCGCCGGCGGCCCCGCCCGCGGAGCAGGUCGCGACGAUCACCCUCAAUUACUACACGGGGUGGCACGACGCCUUUAUCCAUUUCAAUGCUGACAGGAAAGGCUGGACCCAGACCCCUGGCGUGAAGCUGGCGCGCGGCCCCGACGGCGGCAACCACCGGACAGCGUUGAUUGAGGCCUCUGUUAUUGAAUUUGUGAUGAAUAACGGCCACAACGAGUGGGACUCUCCAGGGCGCUACACGGACACGCCCGCCAACUACCAGAUCCAGGCGCCAGGCGUGUACAAGCUCAGGAGCGGGCGCUUGGAGAAGCUUUCUGGCUGA